UGGACCUGCUCCGGUGGAGAUCACAGCCUCAAGGAAAAACUUGGACUGAUAAUUGACUUAGUGAGUGGGGGAGAGACAGAAGAAUACCCUCAACAUGGAGGAAGAAGAAUAUGAGGAGGUUGUGGAGUACUACAUUGAAGAGACAAUUAUUGAGGAAGGUGAACCACAUGAGGUGGUCACUGAGAUCACUGAGACUGUUAGUACAGACUACACAGACUACACAGAUUCUGAAACAACUACCUACACAACUGAGCCUGCAAAACCUCCUUCUCCUGCUGCUGCUGCUGCUGGAGAUGCACCAGCUCCAGUCAGGAAGAAGACAAUCCGGACAAAAGUGGACACAUCCAAGUUUUUGACACCUUACCUGCAACACAGUAAUAAAAUGAAGGACCUGUUCAGUGAGAACAAGUACAAAGAGAAAUACAGGAAAGAAAAAGGCAAACCCUAUGCUUCCACAAGUGAUACCCCAGAGAUCCGCAGGAUCAAGAAAGUGCAGGAGCAGCUCAGUGAGGUGAAAUACCGCAUGGCUGGGGAAGUUGCCAGAACUAUCUGCCACGUUGAUGAGAAGGCCAUGGACAUAGAACAUGCAAAGAAGGUGUCACAGCAAGUGAGCAAGGUAUUAUACAAACAGAACUGGGAGGAGAAUAAAGAUAAGUACCUGCUUCCCCCUGAUGCUCCAGAGCUCGUGAAUGCAAUAAAAAACACAGCAAUGUUCAGCAAGAAACUCUAUACUGAGGACUGGGAAGGAGACAAAACAUUGUUCUAUCCCUACAAUGACAGUCCAGAGCUCAGAAGAGUGGCAGAGGCUCAAAAGUCUCUGAGUGAUAUUGUCUACAAAAAAGGGCACGAUGAACGUAAAUCUAAGUUCACUUCUCUGCCAGAUCCACCUGAAGUGGAACAAGCCAAGAAAGUGACAAGGCAGCUGAGCGAUGUUAUUUACCACAAGGACUAUAAAACCAAUGUCAAAGGCAAGUGGAGUCAGACUCCAUGCUAUGAUGUGGCAGUUGCAAAAAUGAAUGCAGAAAAUCUAAGCAUGAGAAAAUACCAGGAAGACUUUGAAAACAUGAAAGACCAAAUCUACUUUAUGCAGACUGAGACUCCAGAGUAUGAAGCUAAUAAGCGAGCUUCAGAAAACAUCAGCAAGAAAAAAUACAGAGCAGACUAUGAGAAGAACAAAGCUAUUGCAGACUAUAAUGUGCUGCCUGCCACAGAGAACCCCUUGCUGAAGCAGUUGAAAGCUGCAGGAAACAUACUGAGUGAUAAGCUGUACAAAGAAGCCUAUGAACAAUCCAAAGGAAACAGAAUGAACUACUGUGACACCCCCAAGUUCCAGAUUGACAAUGCCAUGAAGAACUUCAGUGAUGUUAAAUAUAAAGAUUCCUACCAAAAGAAUAUUUUGGGACACUAUUUGGGCAGCUUUGAGGACCCACAUCACACACACUGCAUGCAGGUGGAAGCUAUGAAGAGUGAUAAAAAUUACAAAGCAGAUUAUGAGGAGGAAAAGACAAAAUGCUACUUCCCUCAGACCAUAACUCAGGAGUAUGAAGCCAUUAAGAAGUUGGAGCAAUGUAAAGAUCACACCUACAAGAAGCAUCCUGAUCAAACUAAAUUUACUCAAGUGACUGACUCUCCAGUGCAGAAGCAGGCAGAGAUCAACAGCAAACAGCUGAGUGAUAUACUGUAUAAAGCCAAAGGUGAAGAAGUUAUUCACAAGUACCACCUCCCUCCAGAUGUGCCCCAGUUUAUACAGGCUAAAGUCAACGCCUACAACAUCAGUGAUAACUAUUACAAAGCUGGAUUGGAAGAGUUAAAAUCCAAAGGCUAUGAUCUGAAAAUCGAUGCUAUUCCUAUCCAGGCUGCCAAGGCUGCUAGACAGGCUGCGAGUGAUUACAAAUACAAGGAAGCCUAUGAGAAGGCUCGGGGGAAGCACGUUGGCUUCAGAAGCCUGCAAGAUGACCCUAAGCUUGUCCACUACAUGAACGUAGCCAAGAUUCAGUCUGAUCGCGAGUACAAGAAAGACUAUGAGAAGGCCAAGACUAACUACCAUACACCUCCAGACUCGUUCAGUGUCCAGGCUGCUAAACAUUCUCAGGAUGUAGCUUCCAACACCCACUACAAAAACCUGAUCCAUCACUACACUUACCUGCCAGAUGCCAUGGCUGUGGAGCUUGCAAAGAACAUGAUGGAAAUUCAGAGUGAUAAUGCCUACAAACAGGAUUACAACAGCUGGUUCAAGGGUAUUGGAUGGAGCCCCCUUGGUUCUCUGGAUGUUGAAAAGGCCAAAAAGGCUGGAGAAGCCCUAAAUGAAAAGAAAUAUCGACAGCACCCUGGGACCCUCAAAUUUACAAGCUUGAAUGAUUCCAUGGCAAUGCUUUUAGCUCAGGACAACACCAAGAAGCUGAGUGAUAUAGCAUAUAAGAAAGAGGGUGAAAAAGUAAAGCACAAAUACACCCUGGAUCCUGAUGUUCCUCAGUUUAUCCAAGCCAGAGUCAACGCCAUCAAUCUGAGUGAUGCUAACUACAAAGCUGACUGGAAAAAAACCCUUGCCAAAGGCUACGACCUGAAGCCAGAUGCCAUUCCUAUUAUUGCUGCAAAGGCUUCUCGAAAUAUAGCAAGUGAUUACAAGUACAAGCAAUCCUAUGAGAAAGAUAAAGGCAAACAGGUUGGGUACCGCAGCCUGCAGGAUGAUCCCAAACUCGUGCACUACAUGCACGUGGCCAAGAUCCAGUCGGAUCGGGAGUACAAGAAGGAUUACGAAGUCACCAAGACCAAAUAUCACACUCCUUUGGAUAUGUUCAGUGUCACAGCUGCCAAGAAAGCCCAGGAAGCAGUGACCAACACUGGCUACAAGCAGCUAAUUCACAACUACACGCUCCUGCCUGACUCUGUGAAUCUGGAGCUAUCGAGAAAUGUGAUGCAGCUUCAGAGCGAUAAUGUGUACAAAGCAGACUUCAAUAACUGGUUGAAAGGAGUUGGUUGGAUACCACUUCAGUCCCUGGAUGUAGAAAAGGUCAAGAAAGCCACCCAGAUCCUCAGUGAGAAGAAUUAUCGCCAGCACCCAGACAAGCUGAAGUUCUCCAUCCCAACAGAUGCAAUGGAGCAGGUGCUGGCCAAGCAAAAUGCCCAGACCAUGAACAAGAGACUCUACACUGAUAAAUGGAACAAGGAGAAGACCACUAUCCAUGUGAUGCCAGAUACUCCAGAGAUUCUGCAGUCCAGAGUGAACCAGAUCACCAUGAGUGAUAAACUUUACAAAGCAGCAUGGGAGAAAGACAAGAAGAAAGGUUAUGACCUGAAGCCAGAUGCUAUUCCAAUAAAAGCAGCCAAAGCCUCCAGAGAUAUUGCAAGUGAUUAUAAAUACAAACUAGCCUACGAAAAAGCCAAAGGGAAGCACAUUGGGUUCCGCAGCCUUGAAGACGACCCCAAGCUGGUGCACUUCAUGCAGGUGGCCAAGAUGCAAUCUGAUCGUGAAUACAAAAAGGACUAUGAGAAGGCAAAGACAAAUUUCCACACUCCAGUGGACAUGUUCAGCGUUGUGGCAGCCAAGAAAGCACAGGAAGUGGCUACAAAUACCAACUACAAGAACUUGAUCCAUACCUACAACGUCUUGCCAGAUGCUAUGAGUCUCGAGUUAGCCAAGAACAUGAUGCAAUUGCAAAGUGAUAAUCAGUACAAAGCAGAUUAUGAUGAAACCAUGAAAGGUGUUGGAUGGAUGCCACUGGGCUCCCUAGAAGCUGAGAAGAACAAAAAGGCCAUGGAGAUUGUUAGUGAAAAGAAGUAUCGCCAGCACCCAGACAAGCUGAAGUAUUCUGUUCCUAUGGAUUCCAUGAACAUGGUCUUAGCUUUAAACAAUGCUAAAAUCAUGGAUGAGCACAAGUACAAACAAGCCUGGGAAGAAGACAAAAAGAAAGUUCACAUCACCCCAGAUAUCCCACAGAUUGCUUUAGCAAAAGUGAAUGCAUUUAAUCUGAGUGAUAAAAUGUACAGGCUGUCGUUUGAAGAAACUAGGAAGAAAGGCUAUGACCUCAGGGCUGAUGCUAUCCCUAUUAAAGCUGCCAAAGCUUCCAGGGACAUUGCUAGUGAUUAUAAAUACAAAUUAGGCUAUGAACAAGACAAAGGGAAACUUGUAGGCUUCCGUAGCCUUCAGGAUGACCCCAAACUUGUCCAUUACAUGCAAGUGGCCAAGAUGCAGUCUGACAGGGAGUACAAGAAAGCCUAUGAGAUGGGCAAGACACACUACCAAACUCCUUCUGAUGCGCUCAGCAUCGUGGCAGCCAAGGAGGCGCAAGAUCGCGUAACCAACACCAACUACAAGAGGCUGAUCCACCAGUAUAUGCUGCUGCCAGAUGCCAUGAGUUUAGAGCUCUACAGAAACAUGAAUCAGAUACAGAGUGAUAAUGAGUACAAGCAGGAUUACAACGAGUGGUUCAAGGGGAUUGGUUGGAGCCCUGUUGGGUCUCUGGACGUGGAGAAGUCCAAGAAGGCCACAGAGAUUGCAAGUGACCGCAAGUACCGCCAGCAUCCCAGCCUCUUCCCCUUCACCAAGCAGACCGACGCCAUGGACCUGGUCCUUGCCAAGCAGAAUGCAAAUAUCAUGAACAAACAUGCUUAUACUCAGGCUUGGGAGAAGGAUAAAACUCAGGUUCAUGUGAUGCCUGAUACACCAGACAUUCUCCAGGCCAAGCAGAACAAGACAAACUACAGCCAGAAACAAUACAAGCUUGGCUGGGAGGAAAUGAUCAAGAAAGGCUAUGACCUCACACCUGAAGCCAUGUCAGUGAAAGCUGCCAAAGCUUCAAGGGACAUUGCAAGUGAUUACAAGUACAAAGAAGGCUACCGCAAGCAGCAGGGACACCACAUUGGGUUCCGAAGCUUGCAGGAUGAUCCCAAGAUGCUGUGGUCUAUGCAAGUAGCAAAGAUGCAGAGUGACAGGGAAUACAAGAAGGACUUUGAGAAGUGGAAGACAAAGUUUAACAUGCCUGUGGACAUGUUGGGCUUCCUUUUGGCUAAGAAAUGCCAGGAACUGGUUAGUGAUGUAGACUACAAACACAUACUCCACCGCUGGACUUGUCUGCCAGACCAGGUUGAUGUCACCGAGGCAAAGAGGAUCUAUGACCAACAGAGUGAUAAUUUGUAUAAGUCAGAUCUGCAAUGGCUCAGAGGCAUUGGGUGGAGUCCUUUGGGAUCUUUGGAAUCCGAAAAGAACAAGAAAGCUUCUGAAAUACUGAGUGAAAAGAAGUACAGGCAGCACCCUGAUACUAUUAAGUUCACGAGUAUCCCAGAUGCCAUGGAUAUUGUCUUGGCAAAAUCUAAUGCCAAAAACAGAAGUGAUAUACUCUAUAAAGAAGCUUGGAACAAGGACAAGACUCAGAUUCACAUCAUGCCUGAUACUCCUGAAAUUCUGUUGGCUAAAUCAAACUUGAUUAACAUGAGCGAUAAACGUUACAAGCUGGGCUAUGAAGAGCUGAAGAAGAAGGGCUAUGAUCUUCCUGCUGAUGCUAUACCACUCCAGGCAGCAAAGGCAUCCAGAGACAUAGCUAGUGAGUACAAAUACAAAACUGCAUACAGAAAGCAGCUAGGCCACCACAUUGGAGCCCGCAACAUCGAGGACGAUCCCAAGAUGAUGUGGUCAAUGCAUGUAGCCAAGAUCCAGAGUGACAGAGAGUACAAGAAAGCCUUUGAGAAAUCCAAGACUCACUUCAGUAGCCCAGUGGACAUGCUGGGAAUUGUGUUGGCCAAGAAAUGUCAGGAGCUGGUCAGUGACGCUGAUUACAGGCACCCCCUGCAUCGCUGGACCUGCCUACCAGAUCAGAAUGAUGUUGUCCAGGCCAGGAGAGUGUAUGACCUGCAGAGUGAUAAUGUCUACAAGUCUGAUCUUCUGUGGCUGAGGGGCAUUGGCUGGUCCCCAAUUGGUUCCCUGGAUGCCGAGAAGAACAAGAGGGCGAGCCAGAUCCUGAGCGACAAGAAGUACCGGCAGCACCCGGACACCAUCCGUUUCACCAGCCUGCCUGACUCCAUGCCCAUGGUUCUGGCAAAGCACAACUCUGCAAUUAUGAACCAGCGUGCGUACACCUCAGCCUGGGAGAAGGACAAAACCAGCAUCCACAUCAUGCCAGACACCCCUGGGAUUUUGCUAGCCCAGCAGAACAAAGUGAACUACAGCGAGAAACUGUACAAGCUUGCGAUGGAGGAGGAGAAGAAGAAGGGCUACGACCUGCGGGCAGAUGCCAUUCCUAUCAAGUCUGCCAAAGCCUCCAGAGACAUUGCAAGUGAUUUCAAGUACAAGGAAGGCUACCGCAAGCAGCUAGGCCACCACAUUGGAGCCCGCAACAUCGAGGAUGAUCCCAAGAUGAUGUGGUCAAUGCACGUAGCCAAGAUCCAGAGUGACAGAGAGUACAAGAAAGCCUUUGAGAAAUCCAAGACUCACUUCAGUAGCCCAGUGGACAUGCUGGGAGUAGUGUUGGCCAAGAAAUGUCAGGAGCUGGUCAGUGAUGUUGAUUACAAGCACCCUCUGCAUCGCUGGACCUGCCUGCCAGACCAGAAUGAUAUUGUCCAAGCCAGGAGAGUGUAUGACCUGCAGAGUGAUAAUGUCUACAAGUCUGAUCUUCUGUGGCUGAGGGGCAUUGGCUGGUCCCCAAUUGGUUCCCUGGAUGAUGAGAAGAACAAGAGGGCGAGCCAGAUCCUGAGCGACAAGAAGUACCGGCAGCACCCGGACACCAUCCGUUUCACCAGCCUGCCUGACUCCAUGCCCAUGGUUCUGGCAAAGCACAACUCUGCAAUUAUGAACCAGCGUGCGUACACCUCAGCCUGGGAGAAGGACAAAACCAGCAUCCACAUCAUGCCAGACACCCCUGGGAUUUUGCUAGCCCAGCAGAACAAAGUGAACUACAGCGAGAAACUGUACAAGCUUGCGAUGGAGGAGGAGAAGAAGAAGGGCUACGACCUGCGGGCAGAUGCCAUUCCUAUCAAGUCUGCCAAAGCCUCCAGAGACAUUGCAAGUGAUUUCAAGUACAAGGAAGGCUACCGCAAGCAGCUAGGCCACCACAUUGGAGCCCGCAACAUCGAGGACGAUCCCAAGAUGAUGUGGUCAAUGCACGUAGCCAAGAUCCAGAGUGACAGAGAGUACAAGAAAGCCUUUGAGAAAUCCAAGACUCACUUCAGUAGCCCAGUGGACAUGCUGGGAAUUGUGUUGGCCAAGAAAUGUCAGGAGCUGGUCAGUGAUGUUGAUUACAAGCACCCUCUGCAUCGCUGGACCUGCCUGCCAGACCAGAAUGAUAUUGUCCAGGCCAGAACAGUGUAUGACCUCCAGAGUGAUAAUGUCUACAAGUCUGAUCUUCUGUGGCUGAGGGGCAUUGGCUGGUCCCCAAUUGGUUCCCUGGAUGCCGAGAAGAACAAGAGGGCGAGCCAGAUCCUGAGCGACAAGAAGUACCGGCAGCACCCGGACACCAUCCGUUUCACCAGCCUGCCUGACUCCAUGCCCAUGGUUCUGGCAAAGCACAACUCUGCAAUUAUGAACCAGCGUGCGUACACCUCAGCCUGGGAGAAGGACAAAACCAGCAUCCACAUCAUGCCAGACACCCCUGGGAUUUUGCUAGCCCAGCAGAACAAAGUGAACUACAGCGAGAAACUGUACAAGCUUGCGAUGGAGGAGGAGAAGAAGAAGGGCUACGACCUGCGGGCAGAUGCCAUUCCUAUCAAGUCUGCCAAAGCCUCCAGAGACAUUGCAAGUGAUUUCAAGUACAAGGAAGGCUACCGCAAGCAGCUAGGCCACCACAUUGGAGCCCGCAACAUCGAGGACGAUCCCAAGAUGAUGUGGUCAAUGCACGUAGCCAAGAUCCAGAGUGACAGAGAGUACAAGAAAGCCUUUGAGAAGACCAAGACUCGCUUCAGUAGCCCAGUGGACAUGCUGGGAGUAGUGUUGGCCAAGAAAUGUCAGAGCUUGGUCAGUGACGUUGAUUACCGCCACUACUUGCACGAAUGGACUUGCCUGCCAGACCAGAACGACGUUAUCCAUGCUAAGACAGCUUAUGACCUGCAGAGUGAUAACUGCUACAAGUCUGACCUGGAGUGGUUACGGGGGAUUGGUUGGGUGCCAAUUGGAUCCUUGGAAGUUGAAAAAGCCAAGAAGGCAGGAGAGAUCCUGAGCGAUAAAAUCUACCGCCAGCCUCCAGACACCAUCAAGUUCACCAGCGUCCCUGAUUCUCUGGAGAUGGUCUUGGCCAAGCAGAAUGCACAGACCAUGAAUAAGCGUUUGUACACUGAGGCCUGGGACAAAGACAAGACUCAAAUCCACGUCAUGCCUGACACCCCUGAAAUCACCCUGGCCAAACAGAACAAGCAGAACUACAGUGUGAAACUCUACAAGCAGGCCAUGGAAGAAGACAGGAAGAAAGGCUAUGACCUGAGAAGUGAUGCAAUCCCCAUUCAGGCUGCCAAAGCAUCCAGGCAAAUUGCCAGUGAUUACAAGUACAAGGAAGGCUACCGCAAGCAGCUAGGCCACCACAUUGGAGCCCGCAACAUCGAGGACGAUCCCAAGAUGAUGUGGUCAAUGCAUGUAGCCAAGAUCCAGAGUGACAGAGAGUACAAGAAAGCCUUUGAGAAGACCAAGACUCACUUCAGUAGCCCAGUGGACAUGCUGGGAAUUGUGUUGGCCAAGAAAUGUCAGAGCUUGGUCAGUGACGUUGAUUACCGCCACUAUCUGCACCAGUGGAUGUGCCUGCCAGAUCAGAAUGAUGUUAUCCAUGCCAGGCAAGCCUAUGACCUGCAGAGUGAUAACUGCUACAAAUCUGACCUGGAAUGGCUGAGAGGUGUUGGCUGGGUGCCAAUUGGAUCCUUGGAAGUUGAAAAAGCCAAGAGGGCAGGAGAGAUCCUGAGUGAUAAAAUCUACCGCCAGCCUCCAGACACCAUCAAGUUCACCAGCGUCCCUGAUUCUCUGGAGAUGGUCUUGGCCAAGCAGAAUGCACAGACCAUGAAUAAGCGUUUGUACACUGAGGCCUGGGACAAAGAUAAGACUCAAAUCCACGUCAUGCCUGACACCCCUGAAAUCACCCUGGCCAAACAGAACAAGCAGAACUACAGUGUGAAACUCUACAAGCAGGCCAUGGAAGAAGACAAGAAGAAAGGCUAUGACCUGAGAAGUGAUGCAAUCCCCAUUCAGGCUGCCAAAGCAUCCAGGCAAAUCGCCAGCGAUUACAAGUACAAGGAAGGCUACCGCAAGCAGCUAGGCCACCACAUUGGAGCGCGCAACAUCGAGGACGAUCCCAAGAUGAUGUGGUCAAUGCACGUAGCCAAGAUCCAGAGUGACAGAGAGUACAAGAAAGCCUUUGAGAAGACCAAGACUCACUUCAGUAGCCCAGUGGACAUGCUGGGAAUUGUGUUGGCCAAGAAAUGUCAGAGCUUGGUCAGUGACGUUGAUUACCGCCACUAUCUGCACCAGUGGAUGUGCCUGCCGGAUCAGAAUGAUGUUAUCCAUGCCAGGCAAGCCUAUGACCUGCAGAGUGAUAACUGCUACAAAUCUGACCUGGAAUGGCUGAGAGGUGUUGGCUGGGUGCCAAUUGGAUCCUUGGAAGUCGAAAAAGCCAAGAGGGCAGGAGAGAUCCUGAGCGAUAAAAUCUACCGCCAGCCUCCAGACACCAUCAAGUUCACCAGCGUCCCUGAUUCUCUGGAGAUGGUCUUGGCCAAGCAGAAUGCACAGACCAUGAAUAAGCGUUUGUACACCGAAGCAUGGGAUAAAGACAAGACCUCCAUUCACGUCAUGCCUGACACACCAGAAAUCCUGCUAGCCAAACAAAACCAAGUUAUCUACAGCCAGAAAAUGUACAAACUAGCUUUGGAGGAAUCAAAGAAGAAGGGUCACGACCUGCGUUUUGAUGCCAUUCCCAUUCAGUCUGCCAAAGCAUCCAGAGAGAUCGCCAGUGAUUACAAGUACAAGGAAGGCUACCGCAAGCAGCUAGGCCACCACAUUGGAGCGCGCAACAUCGAGGACGAUCCCAAGAUGAUGUGGUCAAUGCAUGUAGCCAAGAUCCAGAGUGACAGAGAGUACAAGAAAGCCUUUGAGAAGACCAAGACUCACUUCAGUAGCCCAGUGGACAUGCUGGGAAUUGUGUUGGCCAAGAAAUGUCAGAGCUUGGUCAGUGACAUUGAUUACCGCCACUAUCUGCACCAGUGGAUGUGCCUGCCGGAUCAGAAUGAUGUUAUCCAUGCCAGGCAAGCCUAUGACCUGCAGAGUGAUGCUGUUUACAAAGCAGACCUGGAAUGGCUAAAAGGUAUUGGCUGGGUUCCUAUUGGCUCCAUGGAAGUUGAGAAAGCCAAGAGAGCUGGAGAAAUCCUGAGUGACAGGAAGUAUCGUCAACCAGCGGACCAAAUCAAAUUUACUAGUGUGACAGAUUCUUUGGCCAUGGUCUUAGCCAAGCAAAAUGCUGAGAUCAUGAACAAGCGUUUGUACACAGAAGCCUGGGAUGCAGACAAGACGUCGAUUCACGUCAUGCCGGACACGCCAGACAUUCUGCUAGCGAAGGCCAACGCCGCCAACGCUAGCCACAAACUUUAUGUGCAGGCCUGGGAAGAGGCCAAGAAGAAGGGUUAUGACAUGAGAGCUGAUGCAAUUCCAAUCCAAAGUGCAAAGGCAUCGAGAGACAUAGCAAGUGAUUACAAGUACAAGCUGGCCCACGAGAAGCAGAAAGGGCACUACGUUGGGUGCAAAACUGCCCAGGAGGAUCCCAAGCUGGCACUGGCGGCGCGUGCCAUGGCGCUGCAGAACGACCGCCUCUACAAGAAGGCCUACAAUGACUCCAAGACCCAGAUCCACUUGCCAGUGGACAUGCUGGCAGUGCAGGCAGCCAAGGAGUGCCAGACGCUGGUCAGCGACGUUGACUACCGCCACUACCUGCACCAGUGGACCUGUCUGCCUGACCAGAACGAUGUGAUCCAUGCAAGGCAGGCCUAUGACCUACAGAGUGAUGCUGUCUACAAGGCAGACUUGGAAUGGCUCCGUGGAAUUGGCUGGUUGCCUAAUGAUUCUCCAGAGGUUAAGAGAGUGAAGCAGGCCCAGGAUCUCCUGAGUGACAACGUGUACCGCACGCCCAUCGACAGCCUGAAGUACACCAGUGUGGCUGACUCUCCAGAAGUUCUGCUGGCCAAGGCCAAUGCUGAGCAAGUCAGCAUUCCAAAAUACAAAGAAGCCUGGGAGAAGGACAAGACUAUGAUCCAUAUUAUGCCAGACACACCUGAAAUCAACCUAGCCAAAAGUAAUGCUGUUAAUUAUAGCAAGAAAAUGUACCAGGAGGCUUGGGAUGAGCUGAAGACCAGCUAUGACCUGAGGGCGGAUGCAAUCCCCAUCAAGGCAGCCAAAGCAUCUCGAGAAAUCGCUAGCGAGUACAAGUACAAACUGGAUCACGAGAAGCAGAAGGGCCACUACGUGGGCGUCCCCAGCGCCAAAGACGACACCAAAAUGCAGUUUGCCCUCGGCAUAGGCAAAGUGCAGAGCGACCUGGAAUACAAGAAGCACUUUGCCAAGUGGAGGACGCAGUGCCACCUGCCAGUGGACAUGCUGUCCAUCGUCUCAGCCAAGCAGGGCCAGUCUUUGGUCAGUGACAUCGACUACCGCCACUACUUGCAUCAGUGGAUCUGCCUCCCAGAUCAGAAUGAUGUCAUACACGCCAGGAAAGCCUACGACCUGCAGAGCGAUGCUGUUUACAAAGCUGAUUUGGAAUGGCUCAGGGGUAUUGGAUGGCUGCCCAACGAUUCAGUUGGAAUCAACCACGUCAAGUAUGCUGGAGAUCUCUUGAAUGAGAGAAAGUAUCGAACCAAAGCUGAAAACCUUCCGUUUACUCCAGUGGCAGACAGAGUUGAUUAUAUUACAGCAAAGAACAGUGGUGAAAUUCUCAGCCAGAUCAAGUAUCAGAAGGCAUGGAAUGAGGCCAAGUCAAAUUAUACUCUGACAGAUACACCCCAGCUGGAUAUGGCUCGAGAGGCAGCCAGAAUUCUUAAUCAGAAUUUAUACAAGGAAAACUGGGAGAAAGAAAAAGCCACUGGUUACCUCUUACCUCCUGACAGCGUGCAGAUCUCUCAUGCCAAACGCUCCAACGAUGUCCAAAGUGAGCUUAAGUACAAAGCUGAGUAUGUCAAGCAAAGAGGCCACUACGUCGGAGUUCCCAGCAUGAGAGAUGACCCAAAGCUGGUGUGGUUUGAGCACGCAGGCGAGAUCCAGAACGACAGGUUGUACAAGUCAGACUAUCAGAAAACAAAGUCCAAAAUCCACAUCCCACCAGACAUGGUGUCAGUUGUGGCAGCAAAGGAAGGCCAGAACUUGGUGAGCGAUGUGGAGUACCGCCAGUACCUGCACGAAUGGACUUGCCACCCUGACCAGAACGACUGUAUCCAGGCCAGGAAAGCCUACGACCUGCAAAGUGAUAACGUUUACAAAUCUGAUUUGGAAUGGCUUCGUGGCAUUGGCUGGAUUCCUCUAGAUUCAGUGGAACAUAAGAAAGUUAAGAAUGCACAAGAGCUGAUAAAUAAGAGAUCAUACACAAAAGAAGCCCUUGAGAACUUCUCCAAAUACACCAGUGUGGUGGACACUCCUGACAUUGUUUUGGCAAAGAUGAACUCUGUCAACCAAAGUGAUCUAAAAUACAAAGAGACCUUUAACCUUGAGAAAGGCCAAUACAUUGGAUCUGAUGACACCCCUGCACUGAACCAUGCCAAGGACAUGGCCUUACUCUACAGUGAUAAACGCUACAAAAAAGCUUGGGAAGUCAGCAAGCCCAUUGGAUAUACCCUGGAUGAGAAAUACAUUCCAGUGGUGGGAGCGAAGCAUGCAAACUACAUCAACAGUGAGCGUAAAUAUAAGGCCAUAUAUGAGAAGCUGAAAGGCCACUACCUGGCUGGGAAGGACAUUGGUGAUUUCCCCAGUGUGGUUCAUUCCCUGGAAUUCCAGAAAAUGAGGAGUGCAUUGGCCUACAGGAAGAACUAUGAAGACACCAAGACAAAUGUCCAUAUUCCAAGUGACAUGAUGAACCACGUGCUAGCCAAAAAGUGCCAGUAUAUCCUCAGUGACCUGGAGUACCGACAUUACUUCCACCAGUGGAGCUGUUCACCUGAAGAGAAUGAUGUUAUCCAAGCCAGAAAAGCCCAGGAGAUUUUGAGUGAUGUGGUGUAUAAAGAUGACUUGAACUGGCUGAAGGGAAUUGGAUGUUAUGUCUGGGAUACUCCACAAAUUGUGCAGGCAAAAAAAUCCUAUGAUCUCCAGAGCCAAAUAAAAUACACAGCUGCAGGAAAGGAGAACUUUCAGAACUUUGGUGUUGUUACUGACACCCCUGUCUACGUGACUGCAGUGCAGAGUGCUGUCAAUGCCAGUGAUGUGAAAUACAAGGAGGAUUAUCACAAAAAUAAAGACAAGUGCAUCCCUGUGGCUGAAACGGUGGAUUCUGAAAGAGUUCAAAGUCUGAAACAUCUCUUCAGCAAUAACCUCUACAAAAAGGCCUGGGACAAAGUGAAGGCCACUGGCUACAUAUUGCCCUCUGAUGCUGUACCCCUGGCACGUGCAAAAGAGCUGAAGCACAAUGCUAGUACUGUAAAAUACCGAGAGGAAUACGACAAGUUUAAAGCACUCUACACACUGCCCAGAGGUGUGGAGGAUGACCCCAACACAGCAAGGUGUCUUCAAGUUGGAAAGCUUAAUAUUGAUCGUCUCUACAAGGAAGCCUAUGAAAAGAACAAAGCCAAAGUCCACAUCAUUCCAGACAUGGUAGACAUCAUCUCUGCUAAGGAUGCUCAGAAGAAGAUCAGUGAGGUCGAUUACCGCACCCAUCUCCACGAGUGGAUCUGUCUGCCAGAUCUGCAGGUCAAUGCCCACGUCAGGAAGGUGACAGAUCAGCUCAGCGACGUGAUAUACAAGGAUGAUCUGAACUGGCUGAAAGGCAUUGGCUGCUUCGUCUGGGACACUCCAGAAAUCCUCCAUGCCAAGCACGCCUACGAUCUGCGCAGCGACAUUAAGUACAAAUCCAAGGCAGAAAAAAUGAAGAGUAAGUUCACUGUGGUCGUGGACACUCCUGUCUAUGUCCAGAAUGUUCUCAGUGGCUUGAAUUUAAGUGAAGCUGUCUACCGUGGGGAAUAUCAGCACAAUGUCAAAGGCAAAAUGAUUCCUACUGAUAAAACAGUGGAUUUGGAGCGGGCAUAUCAUGCAAACAAAAUACAGAGUGAGAAUCUGUAUCGCUGGGCUGGUGUGAAUGCUCUCCCCACUGGAUACAGCCUCCCCACAGACACUCCCAGCUUCCAGCAUGCUAAGCAUGUCCAGUACAUUGGCAGUGAUCUGAAAUAUAAAGAAGCCUAUGAACACAUGAAAGCUAAAGGGUAUACUCUGGGACCAAAAGAUGUUGGGUUUGAGAAUGUGAAGAAAGUGAAUCAAGUCAUUAAUGAGAGGUUGUACCGAGCAACGUACCACAAGAACAAGGACAAGAUCCACACUACCCCUGACACCCCAGAAAUCCGUCAAGUCAGAGCCACCCAGGAAGCUGUCAGUGAUCUGAUCUACAAGUCAGACUUCUUUAAGAUGCAGGGACACUUGAUUUCCUUGCCAUACACUCCUCAAGUGCUGCACUGCCGCUACGCUGGGGACAUCACAAGUGAUAUUAAAUACAAAGAGGAUCUCAGGUGGCUGAAGGGCUUGGGUUGCUUCCUGUAUGAUACUCCUGAUAUGGUUCGUGCUCGUCACCUGCGUAAGCUUUGGUCUAAUUACAUAUACACUAACACUGCCAAGAAGAUGUUGCCUAAAUACAAAGUAGUGUUGGAUACUCCUGGAUACAGAGCAGUUCAGGAACUAAAAACCCACUUGAGUGAACUGGUUUACAGAGCUGCAGGCAACGAGCUGAAGACAAAAUACACUUCUGUCCUUGAUACACCUGACUUCUUGAGAGCCAAGACAGGACAAAAGAUACAGAGCCAGUACUUGUAUGUGGAACUUGCCACAAAAGAGAGACCUCAUCAUCAUGCUGGUAAUCAGACUCAAGCCUUAACACAUGCCAGGCAUGUAAAGGACAUGAUCAGUGAGAAAAAGUACAAAAUUCAGUAUGAGAAGAUGAAGGACAGAUACACACCUGUCCCUGACACACCAGUCUUGAUCAGAGCCAAGAGAGCCUACCUGAAUGCCAGUGACCUGCGCUACAAAGAAACCUUUGAGAACACAAAGGGCAAAUACCACACAGUGAAAGAUGCUCUGGACAUUGUCUACCACCGGAAGGUCACCGAUGACAUUAGCAGUGUGAAAUAUAAGGAAAACUACAUGAGCCAGUUAGGAAUCUGGAGGUCAAUCCCAGACCGUCCGGAGCACUUCCAUCAUCGUGCAGUCACGGAUGCUAUCAGUGAUGUUAAAUACAAAGAAGACCUAGCAUGGCUCAAGGGCACUGGCUGUUAUGCAUGGGAUACCCCAACCUUUGUUCUGGCAGAACAGAAUAAGGUGCUCUACAGCGGGUGUAAGUACAAGGAGCAGUUUGAGAAGACCAAGUCAAAUUUUAAGUAUGUAGCUGACUGUCCAAUUAAUGAGCACGUUAAAUAUGCAACUCAGCUGAUGGAUGGGAAAUUGUAUAAAGCUGCCUAUGAGAAGCUCAAAGAUAGGUACAGCGUUAUUGUGGAUGAUCCUAGGAAUCUCCUGGCCAAGUGGGGGACCAGACUGAGCAGUCAGGUCCAAUACAAAAAGGACUAUGAAAAGAAGAAAGACAAAUACACAACGGUUGUGGAUACUCCAGAGCACUUAAGGACUACAAAGGUCAACAAACAGAUCAGUGAUAUUAUUUACAAGCUGGAAUAUAACAAAGCAAAACCCAGAGGCUAUACCACCAUCCAGGACACCCCCAUGUUACUGCAUGUACGCAAGGUCAAGGACAGGAUAAGUGAUCUGAAGUACAAAGAGGUGUACGAAAGGAACAAAUCUCACUGCAACGUCAAAGUCGAUUCGGUUCAUAUUAAGACUCCCAGGAACACUUACAAGCUGAACAGCAAUCUGGAUUAUAAGAAGAAAUAUGAAGCAGCCAAAGCCCACUGGCACUGGAUUGCUGACAGGCCUGACUUUGUUCAAGCAGCCAAGUCAUCUCUGCAGCAAAGUGACUAUGAAUAUAAACUGGACCGGGAAUUCCUAAAGGGAUGCAAACUCUCUGUCACAGAUGACAAAAACACAGUAUUGGCCUUAAAUAAUGCCAUCCUGGCCAGUGAUAUAAAAUACAAAGAGAAGCACAACAAAGCCCGAGGGACCUGCCUUGUUGUGCCAGACACACCUCAGAUCCUCCUGGCUAAGAACGUCAGCUCUCUGGUGUCUGAGAACAAGUACAAAGAGCAUAGCAAGAAGCAGCUUCCACAUGGGUCUUUCACAACCCUGCCAGAGACGCGAGACACUGCGCACGUGAAAGAAGUGACCAAGCAUGUCAGUGAGACAAACUAUAAGAAGAAGUUUGUGAAGGAGAAGGGCAAGUCUAAUUACUCUGUCAUGCUGGAGCCCCCUGAGGUGAAGCAUGCCAUGGAAGUUGCUAAAAAACAGAGUACAGUUGAAUACAAGAAAGAUGCCAAGUCAAACCUCCACUACACUCCUAUUGCAGAUCGCCCAGAUAUUAAGAAAGCAACUCAGGCUGCCAAGUUAAUUAGUGAUAUUGAAUAUAAGAAACGUGGAGCAGCUGGCAUUGGUGUAAGCAUGCUGGGACGUCCAGACAUUGAACUGGCAAAGGAGGUGUCCAAGCUGACGAGCCAGGUGAAAUACAAGGAGAAUUUUGCCAAAGAGCUGGGUAAAAAGCCCAAAUAUGAUUUGAAGGAGGCUAAAAUCUACAAGACCAUGAAAGAUGCUCACAACAUGGCUAGCGAGGUGAAAUACAAGGCAGAUUUGAAGAAGCUUCACAAGCCUGUCACAGACAUGUCUGAAUCCCUGAUCAUGAACCACGUCCUGAGCACCAGCCAGCUGGCCAGUACCUACCAGUACAAGAAGCAGUAUGAGAAGAGUAAGGGUCACUACCAUGUGGUGCCAGAUAAUCUUGAGCAGGUUCAUCUAAGGGAGGCAUCAGAACUACAGAGCCACGUGAAGUACAAAGAAAAGUACGAGAAGGAAAAAGGAAAACCUAUGCUGGACUUCGAAACUCCAACAUACCUAACUGCAAAGGAAUCUCAGCUCAUGCAGAGUGAGAAAGAAUAUAAGAAGGACUUUGAAGAGUCCAUUAAGGGCAGGAACCUUACUGGCUUGGAGAUUACACCAUCCUUGUUACAUGUCAAAUAUGCAACCAAAAUAGCAAGCGAGAAAGAGUACAGGAAGGAUCUGGAAGAAGGUGUCAAAGGUAAAGGACUAACAGCUUUAGAGGAGACUCCAGAUAUGUUAAGAGCCAAGAAUGCAACUCAAAUCCUCAAUGAGAAAGAGUACAAAAAAGCCUUGGAAUUAGAAAUCAAAGGCAAAGGUCUGACAGAACUGGCUAUGGAGACACCAGAUUUUGUGAGAGCAAAGAAUGCCACUGACAUUGCUAGCCAGAUCAAAUACAAGCAGCUGGCAGAAAUGGAGAAAGCCAACUUCACCAGUGUGGUGGAUACUCCAGAGAUUGUUCAUGCCCAGCAGGUCAAGGACCUCUCCAGCCAGAAAAAGUACAAGGAAGAUGCAGAAAAGACCAUGCCAUACUAUGUGCCCGUGGCAGACACUCCAGAAAUGCAGAGAGUCCGGGAGAACCAGAAGAACUUUAGCACACUUCAGUACCAGUGGGACCUCCAGAACAGCAAAGGCAAAGUCACAGUUGUGCAAGACACACCAGAAAUGCUGCGUGUGAAAGAAAACCAGAAGAACUUCAGCUCGAUUUUGUAUAAAGAAGAUACUGGACCUGGAACUACUAUUGAAAAGACACCAGAGAUGCAGAGAGUUAAACGAACCCAGGAUGCAAUCAGCUCGAUUAAGUACAAGGAGAGUAUUGGAAAAGGAACUCCCAUUCCUGACCUGCCAGAAGUGAAGCGUGUCAAGGAGACCCAGAAGCACAUCAGUUCGGUGAUGUACAAAGAGGACCUAGGGACAGGUACCCCCACACCUGUCACUCCAGAAAUAGAGCGAGUCAAACGCAAUCAAGAACACAUUAGCUCGGUGUUAUACAAAGAGGGCCUGGGGACUGGCACCCCAACACCGAUCACUCCAGAGAUGGAGAGAGUCAAACGUAACCAAGAGAACAUUAGCUCGGUGUUGUACAAAGAGGGGCUGGGCAUUGGGACCCCAGUGCCUGUCACUCCUGAGAUGGAGAGGGUCAAACGCAACCAAGAGAACUUUAGCUCGGUGUUGUAUAAAGAAAACAUAGGGAAAGCCACCCCAACCCCUGUCACUCCUGAGAUGGAAAGAGUCAAACGCAAUCAAGAGAUCAUUAGCUCGGUGUUGUACAAAGAGAACUUGGGGCGAGCAACCCCCACCCCUGUCACUCCAGAGAUGGAGAGAGUCAAACGCAACCAAGAACAGAUUAGCUCGGUUUUGUACAAGGAACAGAUGGCGAAAGGGACCCCGACCCCGCUGACUCCAGAGAUGGAGAGAGCCAAACGUAACCAGGAGAACAUCAGCUCGGUCCUUUACUCGGACAGCUUCCGAAAACAAGUCCAAGGCAAAGCUGCCUACGUGCUGGACACACCUGAAAUGCGGCGUGUGCGAGAGACCCAGAAGCACAUCUCCACAGUGAAAUACCAUGAAGACUUCGAGAAGAGCAAGGGCAGCUUCACCCCUGUGGUGACUGACCCCAUCACCGAGCGUGUCAAGAAGAACAUGCAGGACUUCAGCGACAUCAGCUACAGAGGCAUCCAGCGGCGCGUGGUGGAGAUGGAGCGCAAGCGCGUGGACCAGGACCAGGAGAACCUCACAGGCCUCCGUGUGUGGCGCACCAAUCCCGGCUCAGUCUUUGACUAUGACCCAGCAGAAGACAACAUUCAGUCCAGAAGCUUGCACAUGAUCUCUGUCCAAGCCCAGCGCCGCAGCCGGGAGCACUCGCGCUCUGCCAGCGCCCUCAGCCUGAGCGGCGGCGACGAGAAAUCCGAGCCCUCGGAUGGUGUGGAUCAACAUCUCUCUUUCUACAGCUCCGGGGGCUUCUUCACCUCAACUGCCACAGUGGGCUACAAGCAUGCCAAAACCAUCGAGCUCCCACAACAACGUUCCUCUUCCGUUGCCACCCAGCAAACAACUGUCUCGUCGGUUCCUUCCCACCCCUCCACUGCUGGGAAGACCUACAAGGCCAUGUAUGAUUACACAGCAGCUGAUGCUGAUGAGGUGUCCUUCAAGGAUGGGGACACCAUUGUGAACGUGCAGGCCAUCGACGAGGGCUGGAUGUAUGGCACCGUCCAGAGAACCGGCAAGACGGGCAUGCUGCCAGCCAACUAUGUGGAAGCUGUCUAAGCCUCAGCACCUCUGCCUGCCUGGCACUGCUCAGCCCAAGCCUUCUCUGCAAGUGCCUCAGAAGCAGGACAGGAGCAAGCUGCCUCUAACCCCACCCAUCAGCAAAAGAGAAAACAAAAGGAGUGUUUUGGUAAGCGUUGCCUGGACUGCCAAACAUUUCACUACCGCUGUUUAACCACCGGGCUGUGAGCCAGGGCAGCGUCUAGAGAGGAACCCAAGCCUGACACUACAACUGGUUUACUCCUCUUCCCAUGAAGUAUGAUUUUUCUGGGCUACUUUAAAAUGUUUGUAUCCACUUCUUUUCCAUUUAACUAACAUUUACUCUUAGUGUCUCCAACCAUUUAUCUAGGGGAAGGAACCCAACUGAAAGCAAAAAAACCUCUCCUGCUUGCUGAGCUCUUCCUCAUCUGUUGUUCUGGGGUCAAAAGCUGUUACUGUGGCUUGGUGCCUCAAUAAAGCUGAUGUUUCUGCA